AUGUCUUCUGACCUAUCCCGAUUCUACUGCAACUAUACGGGAUGCGAGCGGUCAUACAAGAAGAAGGAGCAUCUCCUACGCCAUGAGAGGGAUCACUUAAACUUACGCUCAUUUGCAUGCAGGCUAUGCCCAGCUACUUUUAAUCGAAGUGAUCUGCUCAAACGCCACGAGACAAUCAGCCAUCCGCUUGGCCAGGGUGUUCUACAAGAAGACGCUGAACCAUCAACAGAAGAGAGAGUGCCUGAAUCACAAGAAGCUGUACCUGCAUAUGAGCUGGGUGAGUCUCCUGUGAAUGCAUUGGACUCUUUUCUUGGCACAGAACUUCAGGAUUUAAAUCUGGCUUCAAAUCCAGCCAUGCAGCUACUCCAAGAAUCAUGUCGGAACGAGCUUGAAUCGUCUUACUUUUUGCACUUUCACCCCCAUUGGCCUCUGCUGCAUAAAAGAACGUUCUUGCAAUCAGAGUCUCCUCCAGAACUGACUGCUGCCGUUUUAACAGCUGGACUAUGGGUGCUUGACACUUCAGAGACCAGGGACAAAGCCCGAUUUUAUCACGAUGCCUUGCUAAAGACGCUUUAUGAACAGCUCUUCAAACUUCCCGAGUUAGCUACUGGCUCAUCUGGUUCUCGAGCUGAGUUCCUCCCUACAUUCCAGGUUCUUCUCAUUUCCCUGAUCAUCUGCACCUACCGUGGGGUAGAGACAUUUCCAUCCCCCUUGUUUCACAGCAAGCAGGUAUGGCAGUUGUUCCAAUCGAUGGGAGUAUAUGAUCAAAAGGCGAUCGACGAUCGAAACUCAAGUCCGAUGAUCCGCGAGUGCUACCAGCGGCUGGCCCUUUUGCACUUCAAGGUGCACGUCCAUCUCAAUUCUAUCUUGAUGAGUCACUUUUCUCAGUUUAAGCCGUUCGACUACCUGACGCCGAGCAUGCUCAAAGUUCGAAUUCCCUCAUCGGGCUUACACUGGGAGGGUGGUGACGGGUCAGUUCCCUGCCAGGGACACGGAUCACGAACGGUCGCCGAUUUUCUCGGUGACUAUACUGAAUUGACUCGCUUGUCGGAUCUCAUAGCUUGGGACUUUACUUUAGGUAUGGUUAUUGGAUGCUACUUGGUGAGACCGGCUGGGGAGACUCAUCGUCAAUUGAUGAUCCGGUUAGAUCCAUUCUUAUUUAUUCAUUUGAAGUCUUCUGAAGACCCAUAA